UGCGGCAUCUUCUUCCUUGACAUUGCCAAUCUUGGCAUGGCCAACAUUGCCCUGCCGUCUAUCAAGGAAGACCUUGGCUUCGACGAGGGCUCUUUACAAUGGAUCUUGACAGCUUAUUCGCUUACUGUAUCGUCGGCUGCACCCUUCCAGUAUAACGUUCUGCAUGUGGGUAUGGUCAUCUUCAAUGCUUCCACCGUCGCCUGUGCCCUUGUGUCCAGCCGUGUUGGUCUUGUGGUUGGAAGAGCAUUCCAAGGCAAGUUCGAUGGACCCUAUCAAUAUCAGUCCGAAGCUGAUCGUCAAAACNNAGGCGUCGGCGCGAGUCUUACGGUACCCUCUGCACAAGCCUGUGUCUCUCUNCUUUUCGAGGAUCCUCAAGCUCGUGUCGUGGCAUAUGCGAUCUGGGGUGCGGCUGGCUCAACUGGAUUCGUGUGCGUUGCUCUCCUCUUCACUUGA